AGGAAUUCGUGUUGCGCAACUGACGCGGCGCUUUCAUCAACUGGAGCCUAACCCGGCGAAAUGGCUAAUCCGUUUCGCUGGUGUCGAGUGUCGCACGACUGCGUGUUCCAGAUUAAUGUGGUUCUGGUGGUGGUCGGAGUGAUCUUUCUGCUUGACGUGCUCAGCCACCUUUAUCUGAAGGCGGUCAUGUUUCCAGGCCUUCGUCUAUACCCGGUAGCCUUGCGCCCCUGGCUCUUUUGGGUGCGCGCUUUGACAAUGGUUGCCUACAUUUUGAACGCUGUUCUUGGGAUUCACAUGGCCCGACAACCCACCGUCUUGAAGUACGCUGGCUAUAUGCUCGUUGGAAGCGUGGUGUUGCUGUACACAAUAAGCAUCGGAGUGACUCGCUUCAUGUACCGCAAAAGAUUCGAGUUCUUUGCCGAGAUGCUGGUGCUGCAGAUGUGGGUGAGAGAUAGACUUGGCAAGGUUGAAGUAGAGUUCGAGUGCUGCGGAAGGUCCAGCGUAGUUGACUACCAGACAGCAUCGAGCAACCGCACCUGGCCCAUUGGCUCUUGCUGCGGGAAGCAGAACUGCACCGGCUGCACUGCGAAGCUUAGCCAGUACCUGUGGACUAUCGAGAUGGAUGUGGCAAGGGAUAAUAUUAUCGUAUCCGUUCUCUUGUUUGUGGCGAUGAUCGUCAUGGUUUUACACUUUAAAGAUGUGCAAUCGCUCGACGACACUAGUGAUGUGGAUGAGUCUUCAGAACUGGUAGACGACUCGGACGCCAAAGAAUAAGCCCCAUCCCAUCUAGUCGUGCCGGUCCCAAUUGCUUUUAUAUGGUCCCCCUCAUUCAAGUACAUAAAUACUAUUUUGAAUGUGAUAUUACCCAUGCCUUUAGGGCAUAUACAGUGUAUAUUUAUUUUUUUGCGACAAAGGUCGCCUGACCUAAACCGAAAUGAAGGACUCAAGGUAGGUUAGGAUGGUAUUUUGCAACGCAAUUUCUCAUGAAAGGGCGUAAGAGUGGAGAUAGGAAAUCGAUAGAAAGUGACAGUUCAAAAUAUUAUAAAGAACAAGAGAGAAUGCUGUAGUCGAGUUUCCCGACUAUCAGUUACGUGUUACUCAGCUGGAAGUGGGAAGGAGAAAUUUAAAUUUUUUGGAUUAUCGGUAGAAAUAGGGAAAAAAUAGUAAUAAAUAAUGAAC